AUGAAUCAUCCCACCGACUCCACGACAAAAUUCUUGAAGAGUAUUUUAGGUGUAAAUACUUACUACAUGAAUGGACCACCCCCUCUCACGCCUUCUUCGCAUGUGUCUCCUUCGGUAGAUAUAGCAUCGCAAAUUGAUCGUGAUAAUCAUACUAACAGUAUCACGGCACCGAUUCCUCGUUCGGCAAACAGUAAUGUAAAUAUUGCGGCUCUGGACCCCGAACUACAACUCAGAAGAAAUUCUAUAUUAAACUUGUUUACAGCGGUGGAUCCUUCGUCGUCGUCGACUACGACUACUAAUGCCACCAAUACAAAUACUACAACUUCUAGUCGGCGACCUUCUGUGCCCGCUGUUACUACUACUAAUCUUAGCACUAAUACGACUACAACUACUGAUAAUGGUAAUGCAAUGCAAGAACGACAAGAACAGAUGCUUAAUUUCUUGCAACAACCUUCGUCCGCUGUUUCAUUGAUUAAUAUGAAUCGAGCUUCAUCUUCUACUGUUAACGAUAAUUCUGCUACCACCCUCAAUAAUGCUAUUACUAAUAACAAUAAUCAUGGGUGGUUCAGUAUGUUUGUUCAACAACCAUCGUCUCACCACCAUCCAUUGGUAUCUCCGUACCAUCAUCAAUAUACUGCUACUGCUGCUACUGCCGUGUCUUUGUAUUCGAGUCAAGGAUACGCUACCCCGAUGGCGCAACAACAUGUUGGAUUCGUUGGACAAGGGAGACCUCAUAACCACCAAAGUGCAACUUCUAAUACCGGCUCCAAUAAUAAUGGGUUUAACAACAUCAGUUACUUGAAUAAUCGGGACAGUAUUGAUGAUGUCUCCCGAAAAAUGUCGUUGCUUGGUUUGUUAUCGUCAUCCGAAAGUGAUAGUAGCAACCCAGCUUCCGUUAGAAAUAGUGCCUCGAUCAAUAGUGCUAUUAUCAACAACGAUGAUGUGGUCAAGCAACAAUCUGCAUCCAGUUUGCCACUAAUGCCAUCUACAUCUUACUUUACUGAUAGCGGAAAUGGUGGUGAUAUCAAUGGUUUAAGUGGCGCGAACAUUUUAUCAACCAAUGGAAUCAUCAAUCAAAACCCUGCGCCACCUCAAAUCAACAACAAUAACAAUACAAUAAAUCAUAAUACUCAUCAUCCUCAAAGAUCAUUCACUCCUGGCACACCAACUGCGCACCGCGCCAGUCACGAAAACUUACUUCGUCUGAUCACAGCUUCGCCGCCUCCACAAACCAAAUUCGCCUCAUCUGGUCCGAUCGACGCCGAGAUCCAGGAACAAGAGAGAACUUUAAUGAGUUUUUUGAAGUUUGCAGGUAGUGAAAAUCUUGACGUAGGUAAUGCUGAUAACCAUGCCACCAGCAACAAUAACGAUAAUAGUACAACUGCUAGCAUUGGUAGUGCUGGAUCUUCGACGACUACUAUUGCUAAUGAGUUGAAUGUAGUUGGAGAUCAUCUUGACACGUCGUCGUUAUCGUAUAAUAUGAUAAAUAGUACUCGUGAGAUUCACGCCGCCAAUAACAUAUUUAGUAGUAAUACUACUGGUAAAAACGUGAGUUUCUUAGAUGUAUUACCGUCUACGUCAUCCUCGUAUCCUUUAUCCAACAAUAAUAUCAACAAUUCUUAUCGUAAUCAACACGAUUAUUUUGUUGGAAAUAUAAACGAUGUCGUUGAUAUUACAUCUAUUCCGUCAAUGGGUGUUGUUGAUCAACAACAAUUACUAUUACAACAGCUACUCAAUAACAAUAAUCAUCAUCUUCCGCAUUAUUAUCGCCGUCACGAUAAUAACAAUUAUGUAAGUGGUGCUGGUGGUGUUGGCAAUUCAUUUAAUAUCAGUGAGGUUACUGCUACUACCAGCACUAGCGCCCAGAUACCUGCCUUUACGAAUUUCAAGUUUGACGUGGAUAAAAUUCUGGCCGCUAUGUAA